GCCCCAGCACCGGGAUGCUGUGGCCGCUGGCGACCCGCACCGCGGGGACGCCGCCCGGACCGGGCCUGCCCGCCGCUGCCAUUACCCGGCUGCGGCCCGGGACUACAACUCCCGGCGGCCCCUGCGCCGCAACCGCGCCGCGGGCAGCGGGAGCCGGGAAACGAGCGGCUGGGAGCCGGGAGCCGGGAGCCGAGGAGCCGGGAACCGAGGAACCGAGGAGCGGGGAAACGCGUAGCUGGGAGCCAGGCUGUGCCCGGACCUGCGGCAGGGUCCCGGCGAGCGGAGGGGCGUGCGGCGCCCCGGCUGACCCCGCUUCCGUUUCCCUCGUGGGGCAGGUGGCGGCCCGGCGCUCCCCGAGCAUGCUGUACCUGGUGGGGCUGGGCCUGGGGGAUGCCCAGGACAUCACGGUGAAGGGGCUGGAGGCGGUGCGGCGCUGCCGCAGGGUGUACCUGGAGGCCUACACGUCCGUGCUCACCGUGGGCAAGGAAGCGCUGGAAGAAUUUUAUGGAAAAGAAUUGAUUUUGGCUGACCGAGAAAUGGUGGAACAAGAAGCAGAUAGCCUUUUAAAAGACGCUGAUGUUUGUGAUGUCGCAUUUCUUGUGGUUGGCGAUCCUUUUGGGGCCACAACACACAGUGAUUUAGUGUUACGUGCAGUAAAACUGGGGAUUCCUUACAAGGUCAUUCAUAAUGCUUCAAUAAUGAAUGCAGUGGGCUGCUGUGGUUUACAGUUGUACAGUUUUGGAGAAACAGUUUCCAUAGUGUUCUGGACAGAUACAUGGAAGCCAGAGAGCUUCUUUGACAAGAUCGAGAAGAACAGGCAGAAUGGAAUGCACACCCUGUGCUUACUCGAUAUUAAAGUGAAGGAGCAGUCUCUGGAGAACCUCAUGAAAGGAAGAAAGAUUUAUGAGCCACCACGCUACAUGAGCGUGAAUCAAGCUGCAGAACAGCUUCUUGCCAUUAUUCAAAACAGAAGGCUCCAAGGAGAAAAACCAGGAAUUACUGAAAACACAAUUUGUGUUGGCCUUGCUCGUGUGGGUGCUCUGGAUGAGAAGAUUGCUUCAGGCACACUACAGCAGAUGUCCACUGUGGAACUGGGUGCUCCACUACAUUCCUUGAUUGUUACAGGCACUAUGCAUCCUCUGGAAUUGGAAAUGCUUAAACUUUUCUCUGUAGAUAGUUCCAGUUUUGAAAAUAAUGCAUGUCAAAGGACUACUUAAAUAAAAAUGAGGCAUUUACAUUGUUAUUCCAUCUUUAAUUGCAUACCAGCAUAGUCUAACUGUAGUUAGACUCUAUAUUGCUUCAGAGGACAACGCUGCAGGAAGAUGGACCUGCUCUCACCUGAGGCUGCAGACUGCACCUGCCGCUAUCAGCUUCUGCCCUGCAGACACCUCCAGAAACUUCUAAACCUUGGACUCAGGUCGCUGACAUCCACACCAGCCUUGGGCUGCUGACCAGGAUGAGUGCCAGGUGUCUGUGGGGCAUCACUUGCUGCAGUGCAUUAACCAAACCCACUGCACAGAUGGUUGUAAGUGCAUUAGAUGGUAAAUUUUGCCUUUCAACUUCACAGAAACUUAGGAGUUCUCUUACCAACAGAAAACCUUAGUGUGCAAAACCUGUUAGGUCUGUGUCCAUCUUUGCCUUGGGAGAGUAAAUACAGACAGGUGAGAAUGCUGUAAACCAGCUUCCCUUUGGACAGCUGGUGAAAGAGGGAGAGAAGCUGCACAGAAAUUCUUAGUUCAGAAGACUGUAACUUAAAUUAGAACUAGAUUUCUUCAUAUGUUAGUGCUAGCAUCUAUGAAGGGCUAGACUCAACUGCAGCAACCACAAUUAACCUCAAGCCAAGUCUUAGCAAACAGACUGCAAGAAUUCUCUUUAAAAUCCGCUUGUAGAUGAUGGUGGUUGCUAUUUCAACUAUUCUUCACAGUAUGAUGAAAACAAAGCAGACCUGUAUGCAUAUUUUUUUAAAACUGAAGAUUUAUUGGAAAGAAAUUUGAUCCUAUAUCUUUUCAGUAAUAUAGGAUAUUUAACAUUUUAUAUAGACUGUAUUCAAGUAGAAAAGAUUACAUUAAAAAUUUCUUAAUAUUGCACUUGGGACAAGCCGUGGGCUAAGCUACUAACAUUAGCAUUCCAGAACAAAAUCAUAGUCUUCAGAAUUAUAGUGAGCUGCCUCGUGUUACCUGCAAGAUUUCUUCACAGGCACCUUUGACACACUUUGCCAUUCAGCUGAGGCUCACUGCUAAGAGCAAUUCCUGUAAUGUCAAGGUAAAGGCAAGCAAUAUGCUGUAUGCUACCAGGAAUGAUUUGGCAAUUGCUUCAUUCACAUUAUUUCACACUUCAGCCAAGAUACUGCAGCGUUCACUUAACUCUUGUACCAGAUCCCAGCACACAUGUGAGAGGCUCCAAUGCACAUGGGAGGUGAAAUACCCAGCUCUUUUUACACAUUAUUUCCGCCAAAUUACCACAUAGGCAGGAACCUUUUGUGGCUCACUGGAACAGACAAGUAGGUUGAGCAGGAUUUGCACCCAGCAAGGCUCAGUCCUCGUGUGCCAGGCAUAGCAUGGUUGGCAUCGUUUCACAUUAUAGCAGUGUCUGGCCAAGGAAGUCCCCACAGGGAUGGGCACUGCAACAAAGCCUGAACGGGGGACAAAUCCAAAAGGGAACCCAGCAAGCUGCAGAUAGUGUAAAGGAGGAAUUAACUACUUAGUGUUGAGGAUCAGAGAGAUUAUUAAAAAAAAAAAAAAAAAGAAAAA